AUGACCUCACUGUCCUCGUCGACGGGGUGCCCGUACCGCCGCGGCAUUUCCCACCUUGACACCUUCCUCUUCACGCUGCAGGUACCCGACCUGCGCCUGCCCCGCCUUCCCCGUCUCCCACGCCUCCCACUUUCCGCGCCUUGCGCCGUGGCCGCCCUCGGCACGCUGCUGGCCGCGACAUACACGUACAGCGAGGUCCAGCGCCUCGAGCACGAGUAUCCCUUGCGGCGCGCCAAGGCGUACCACCAGACGAGCGUCGCCGAGCUGCCGCUCCUCGACCUGCCCCUCCCGCCGGGCGCGACGCUGGACCACGACAACGCGAGCUUCGUGUACGCGCGCGUGCCGGUGCUCAGCACGUCCGUGGUCGCCAGACGGCCGAUGGACGCGCUCCUCAAGGCGUUCAUGGACCACUGGACGCUCAAGAUCGAGGGCUUCCGCGCCCGCCACGCGAUGUACUUUGCCAUGGCGCCUAGCGGCGGCGAGACGACCCAAGGCGCCGGCGGCAAGACGGCGCCGAUGCUCGGCGACGCGCUCCUCGGCGCCGCGAUAAGGAGACAGCCCCACUCGGCAAUGGUGUACUACCAUCUUCCUGAGUGGUGUGUGCGCCUCUCGCGGCUGUUUGGGCGCGAGCCGAGCUUUGUCGGCGCCGCAGAGGAGCUCGCGGCCGUCAUGCUGCCUUCGGGUGCGAUUGAGAUCUCGCUCGGGUGUACGCUGGCGAUGCGUGACGGCGUCGAGGAGGGAAGCUGGGGGAAACGACUGCAGCAGCUCUACAUGCGCUACUUGGUCGACCGGACGCGCGCGCGUCUCGAGGAGCGGGGCACGCAGCGGCUCUACUCGAGCCGCGACGAGUAUGCGUGUCGAGUGCAUUACGAAGGAAACGAGUAA